UAGCCCGUUUGCGUACUGUGGUGUUCGACCGACUGUUACCGGGGCAACGCGGAGGCGGGAGACGCGGAGCCAGAGUGGCACCGUGGCCGGGCUGGCGCGAGAGGCCUCGGGAUGCAGCUGCGGCACGUGCGGACGCUGCUCACCCCCCAGGAUGGUGCUGCAAAGGUCACCUGCAUGGCUUGGUCCUACAACAAUGCCAAGUUUGCUGUCUGCACUGUAGACAGGGUCGUGCUUCUGUAUGAUGAACAUGGAGAGAGAAGGGACAAAUUUUCCACCAAGCCUGCUGAUGCAAAGUAUGGCAGGAAGAGCUACAUGGUGAAAGGCAUGGCAUUCUCUCCUGACUCCACCAAGAUUGCCAUUGGACAAACAGACAACAUCAUCUACGUCUACAAGAUCGGAGAGGAAUGGGGUGAUAAGAAGGUAAUCUGCAACAAGUUCAUUCAGACAAGCGCAGUGACCUGUUUGCUGUGGCCAGCAGAGAACGUCAUUGUCUUUGGACUCGCCGAGGGGAAGGUUCGUUUAGCAAAUACAAAGACCAACAAGUCCUCCACCAUUUAUGGCACAGAUUCUUUUGUGGUCUCAUUAACCUCCAAUGUGUCUGGGAAGGGGAUCCUGUCUGGCCAUGCAGAUGGAACCAUUGUGCGCUACUUCUUUGAUGACGAAGGCUCAGGUGAAUCACAGGGUAAAUUGGUGACGCACCCCUGCCCUCCAUAUGCCCUCACCUGGGCUUCCAGCAGUAUCGUGGCUGCAGGCUGCGAUAAGAAGAUUAUAGCUUAUGGAAAGGAAGGCCACAUAAUUCAAACCUUUGAUUAUAGCCGGGACCCUUUGGAGAAGGAGUUCACCACAGCAGUCACUAGCCCUGGGGGCCAGUCAGUUGUCAUUGGCAGCUACGACAGGCUGAGGGUGUUGAACUGGAGCCCCCGCAGGAGUGCCUGGGAGGAAGCCAAACCCAAAGAAAUCGCACACCUUUAUACUAUCACAGCCUUAGCAUGGAAGAGGGAUGGCUCGAGGCUCUGUGCGGGCACCCUUUGUGGAGGGGUGGAGCAGUUUGAUUGCUGCCUGCGCAGGAGCAUUUACAAGAAUAAAUUUGAAAUGACAUAUGUGGGGCCGAGCCAGGUCAUUGUGAAGAACCUCUCCACAGGAACCCGAGUGGUGCUGAAAUCCCACUAUGGCUAUGAGAUUGAUGAGGUGAAGAUUUUGGGGAAGGAGAGGUACCUUGUGGCCCAUACCUCAGAUACACUGCUGCUGGGGGAUCUGAACUCCAACAAGCUCAGUGAGGUGGCCUGGCAAGGAUCCGGAGGGAAUGAGAAGUUUUUCUUUGACAACGAGAACGUCUGCAUGAUCUUCAAUGCCGGAGAACUGACUAUAGUGGAAUACGGAAGCAAUGAAAUUCUGGGAUCUGUCCGCACAGAGUUUAUGAACCCUCAUCUCAUCAGCGUUCGCAUCAAUGAGAGAAGGCAAAGAGGGAUGGAGGAGAACAAGAGACUGGCAUAUCUUAUCGACAUCAAAACUAUAGCAGCAGUGGAUCUUGUUGGUGGCUACAACAUUGGCACCAUCAGCCAUGACAGCAAGAUUGACUGGCUGGAGCUGAAUGAGACAGGCCACAAGCUUCUCUUCAGGGACAAGAAGAUGAGGUUGCAGCUUUAUGACAUUGAGAGCAGCACCAAGACCACGAUCCUGAACUACUGCUCCUAUGUGCAGUGGGUCCCAGGCAGUGAUGUGGUGGUGGCUCAGAACAGAAACAGCCUCUGCAUUUGGUACAACAACGAUGCCCCAGAGCGAGUUACCAUGUUCCCGCUGAAGGGGGAUAUCGUGAACCUGGAGCGGAGCAAUGGGAAGACUGAGGUGAUAGUGACGGAAGGGGUGAACACGGUGUCCUACACGCUGGAUGAGGGGCUCAUUGAGUUUGGAACAGCAAUUGAUGAUGGGGACUAUAGCAGGGCAGCUGCAUUCUUGGAGACGCUGGAAAUGUCCACGGAGACCGAAGCCAUGUGGAAGACCCUAAGCAGACUAGCCCUGGAGGCCAAGCAGCUGCACAUCGCUGAGAGAUGCUUCUCAGCGCUGGGCCACGUGUCAAAGGCGCGAUUCCUCCAUGAAACCAAUGAGAUCGCCGACCAGGUGGCCAAGGAAUACGGUGGGGAUGGCACAGACUAUUACCAGGUGCGUGCCCGCCUAGCCAUGCUGGAGAAGAAUUACAAGCUGGCAGAGAUGAUCUUCCUGGAGCAGAACGCGGUGGAGGAGGCCAUGGAAAUGUACCAGGAGCUGCACAUGUGGGAGGAGUGCAUUGUGGUGGCAGAGGCCAAGGGGCACCCGGCGGUGGAGAAGCUGCGCCGGGGCUAUUACCAGUGGCUGCUGGACACGCAGCAGGAGGAGAAGGCUGGGGAGGUGCAGGAGAGCCAGGGGGAGCACCUGGCCGCCGUGGGCCUCUACCUGAGGGCCGGACUGCCGGCCCGAGCCGCUCGGCUGGCCAUGGCUAGGGACCCGCUCCUGGCCAAUGGAGAUGUCAUCAACCGAGUCACCACCGCGCUGAUCAAAGGGGAGCUGUACGAGCAGGCUGGAGACCUGUUUGAGACGAUCAGGAACCCCCAGAAGGCUCUGGAGUGUUACCGCAAGGGCUGCGCCUUCCUGAAAGCGGUGGAGCUGGCUCGCGUGGCGUUCCCUGCGGAAGUGCUGAAGCUGGAGGAGGCCUGGGGAGAUCACCUGGUGCAGCAGAAGCAGCUGGAUGCUGCCAUUAACCAUUACAUUGAAGCCAGGUGCUCCAUCAAGGCCAUUGAGGCAGCCCUGGGGGCCCGGCAGUGGAAGAAGGCCAUUUACAUCCUGGAUUCCCAAGAGAAAAGGAUAGCAGUCAAAUACUACCCGAGGAUUGCCCAGCACUACGCCGCCUUGCAGGAAUUCCAGAUCGCAGAGGAGCUGUUCAUCAAAGGAGAUCGGCCCAAGGAUGCGAUUGACAUGUACACGCAGGCGGGGCUCUGGGAGCAGGCACACAAGCUGGCGACCAAGUGCAUGAGGCAGGAAGAUGUGUCCGUGCUCUACAUCACCCAGGCUCAAGAGAUGGAGAAGCAGGGCAAAUACAAAGAAGCAGAGCGGCUGUACAUCACGGUGGAGGAACCUGACCUGGCCAUCACCAUGUAUAAAAAGUGUAAGAUGUAUGAUGAGAUGAUUCGCCUGGUAGCAAAGUACCACAAGGACUUGCUGAGUGACACACACCUGCAUCUGGGGAAGGAGCUGGCGACUGAGGGCCGCUUGCAGGAGGCUGAGUACCACUACCUGGAAGCCAAGGACUGGAAGGCCACAGUGAACAUGUACAGAGUGAAUGACAUGUGGGAGGAUGCGUACAGGGUGGCCAAGGCCCAUGGGGGGGCGAAUUCCUACAAGCAUGUGGCCUAUCUGUGGGCAAAGAGCCUCGGAGGGGAAGCUGCCGUGAAACUCCUCAAUAAGUUUGGGCUCCUGGAAAUGGCCAUUGACCAUGCAGCAGACAAUGGCGUCUUUGACUUUGCGUUCGAACUGGCCCGGCUCUCGCUGAAGCAGAAGACACCCGAGAUCCACUUGAAGUACGCCAUGUUCCUGGAGGACGAGGGCAAGUUCGAAGAGGCUGAGGCCGAGUUCAUUAAAGCUGGGAAGCCCAAGGAAGCGGUGCUAAUGUUUGUCCACAGCCAGAACUGGGACGCUGCCCAGCGCGUGGCUGAGGCCCAUGACCCAGACAGUGUGGCCGACGUGCUCGUGGGGCAGGCUCGCUUCGCCUUUGAGCAGAAGGAAUUCCAGAAAGCAGAGGCUUUCCUCCUGCGGGCCCAGCGGCCAGAGCUGGCCGUGAAGUAUUACAAGGAGGCCGGCAUGUGGAGCGAUGCCCUGCGGACCUGUAAGGAGUACGUCCCCAGCCGGCUGGAGGUGCUGCAGGAGGAGUACGACAAGGAGGCUGCCAAGAAAGGGACCAGAGGCGUGGAGGGCAUGCUGGAGCAGGCCCGGCAGUGGGAGCAGGCUGGGGAAUACGCCAGGGCUGUGGACUGCUACCUGAAGGUACAGGAUCCCAGUAACAGCCUGCUGGUGGAGAAGUGCUGGCUGAAGGCAGCCGAGCUGGCCAUUAAAUUCUUGGGCCAGCCCCGGAGUGUGGAGGUGACUCGACUGGUGGGAGCCCAGCUGGUGGCCAUGAAGCAGUACAGUGCGGCAGCUGAGCUCUACCUCAACCUGGACCUCAUCCGAGAAGCCAUUGAUGCCUUCAUUGAGGGUGAGGAAUGGAACAAGGCAAAACGUGUGGCCAAGGAGCUCGACCCCAGGUCGGAGGAGUAUGUGGACCAGCGCUAUAAGGAGUAUUUAAAGAAUCAGGGCAAAGUGGAUUCGCUAGUGGGGGUGGAUGUCAUGGCUGCCCUGGACAUGUAUGCGGAGCGGGAGCAGUGGGAGAAGUGCCUGGAGACCGCGGCCAAGCAGAAUUAUAAGGUCCUGCACAAGUACGUCGCUCUGUACGCAACCCACCUCAUCCGGGAAGGCAGCUAUGACAAAGCACUGAGCCUAUAUGUCCAGCAUGGAGCUCCUGCCAACCUGCAGAAUUUCAACAUCUACAAGCGUCUCUUUGUGGAGAUGGUGAACGCACCCGGCAUGAACAGCGCCGAGGCCUAUCCCAGCUGGGCCGAUCUGCGCGACGUCCUCUUCAACCUGUGUGAGAACCUGGUGAAGUCGAGCGAAGCGAACACCCCCGCACACGAGGAGUUUGAGACCAUGCUGCUGAUAUCGCACUACUAUGCCACCCGCUCCGCCGCGCAGGGUGUGAAGCAGCUGGAUGUCGUGGCAGCCAAGCUCUCCAUCUCCCUUCUGCGCCACACUGAGCUCGUCCCUGCAGACAAGGCCUUUUAUGAAGCUGGCACAGCAGCCAAGGCGGUUGGCUGGGAGAACAUGGCGUUCAUCUUCCUGAACCGUUUCCUGGAUCUCACCGACGCCAUCGAAGAGGGCACGCUCGAUGCCCUGGACCACGUCGACUUCCAGAACACGGAUAUCCCCUUCGAGGUGCCGCUCCCGGCGCAUCAGCACGUGGCCGAGGCGACGCGGGAGGAGAUCAGGGACUGGGUGCUCACCAUGUCCAUGGACCAGCGGCUGGAGCAGGUCCUGCCCCGAGAUGAGCGGGAAACAUACGAGGCUUCGCUGGUGGCCGCAAGCACGGGUGUGCGCUCCCUGCCUUGCCUGCUCACCGGCUACCCCGUGCUGAGGAACAAGGUGGAGUUCAAGCGGCCUGGGAAAGAAGCCAACAAAGAGACAUGGAACAAGUUCCUGAUGGCCGUCAAGACGUCCCAUAGUCCCGUGUGCCAAGACGUGCUCAAGUUCAUCGGCCAGUGGUCCGGGGGGUUGCCGAGCAGCAGCUUCUCUUUCCAGUGAGCGGGGCAGUGCCCCUGGGCCGGCCACCAGGCCUGAGGCCCUCCCCCUCGCCGCUCCCCAUUAAAGCAGCCAUGGUCCUGAUCCCGUGUCCGG